GCAGAGCAGAACAACCUGACAACUUCUAGUUUGUUGAAGAUGUAGAUGACUGAAGAAACGGAUUAUGAUCGAGAUGUGGAAAGUAGUGGGAGCUGCUGUCUGACCUCCAUAUGGUUAAACUAACAACUUCCUGAGUUUGUGGGGACUUUUUUAAGCAUUUUGAGACCAUGGGGGGGAAACGGGGAUUUGUGUUUUUUGUCUGCCUGUUGGUGGUCAUGUCCAGAAGUCUGAGUUCAGCCAAUGAGGCCCCGGUCCAUGACACCGCACAGAGCCCCAGUAAUGCAACAUCCAGCACUGGACACGAAACACCGGUCAUCACCACGCUACCCAUUGUAUCCUGGAAGUGGUCCCACGUCUCCCAGCCAUACCUGGUGGCGCUGUGGAUCCUGGUCUGUUGGCUUUGCAAACUGGUCAUUGAGGCCAACCACCAUGUGACCAGCAUCAUCCCAGAGAGCGCCUUGCUCAUCUGUGCCGGCUUCAUCCUGGGGGGUAUAAUCUGGGGAGCAGACCAUCAACAGACCUUCAGUCUCACUCCAGUAGUCUUCUUCUAUUACCUGUUGCCUUCAAUCAUCGUGGACUCGGGUUACCACAUGCCCAACAAGCUCUUCUUCAGCAAUUUGGGGGCCAUCCUGGUUCACGCCAUCAUUGGGACCUGUUGGAACGCUGCCACCUUAGGGCUUUCACUGUGGGGGUGUCAAAAAGGAGGAGCCAUGGGGGAUCUGGACAUCGGUCUGCUGCAGUACCUGCUGUUUGGCAGCCUGAUUGCGGCUGUGGACCCCGUCGCCGUCCUCGCUGUGUUUGAGCAAGUCCACGUCAAUGAUGUACUCUUCAUCCUGGUGUUUGGAGAGUCGCUGCUCAACGAUGGAGUUACAGUGGUGCUCUUUAACGUAUUUGAUGCAUUUGUAACCCUGGGAGGAGCCCAGAUCGACGCUGUGGAGAUCAUUAAAGGAAUAAUUUCAUUUUUCGUGGUUGCCUUUGGUGGUUCCCUCUUGGGUAUGGUGUUUGGCAUACUGAUGUGCUUUUUGACCAGAUGCACCAAAAACAUCGAGAUAAUCGAGCCUGGCUUCAUCUUUGUGGUGGGAUACCUGUCCUACCUGACAGCUGAGAUGCUCUCCCUUUCUGCCAUCCUUUCGUGUGUGUUCUGUGGUGUGUGCUGUCAGAAGUACAUCAAUGCAAACAUGAAUGAGAACUCAGUCAAAACCGUUAAAUACGUCAUGAAGGUUUUGGCCAACGGCUCGGAGACCAUGAUCUUCGUUUUCCUCGGAAUCUCUGCCAUCGAUAAGACCAUCUGGGUGUGGAACACGGGUUUCAUCCUGCUCACGCUGCUCUUCAUCUUUGUGUACAGAUUCAUUGGUGUUUUUCUCCUCACUUGGCCCCUGAACAGGUACAGGCUGGUUCCUCUGGAGUUCAUCGAUCAGCUCAUCAUGGGCUUUGGCGGCCUGCGAGGGGCUGUGGCAUAUGGCCUGGCGGUGAUGAUGGAUGAGAAAAAGAUAAAAGAGAAGAACCUGAUGGUCAGCACGACUCUCAUUGUGGUCUUCUUCACCGUCAUCAUACAGGGAAUUCUCAUGAAACCAGUGGUCACGUGGCUGAAAGUGAAGAGAGCUACACUUCAUGACCUCACACUCAUUGAGAAAGUGCAGAACCGGGUCUUUGACCACAUGCUGGUCGCUGUCGAAGACAUCUCCGGACAAAUUGGACACAAUUAUUUUAGAGACAAGUGGAAGAACUUUGAGGAGAAGUGGAUGAUGUGGAUGUUGAUGAAACCUUCAGCCAGAAAGACGCAAGACCACGUCUUCAGCGUCUUCCAUCAGCUGAACUUGAAGGAUGCAGUUGAAUAUGUUACUGAGGGCGAGCGCAGUGGCUCUUUGGAGUUCAUUCGGAACGACAGCGUCCUCAUUGAUUUCAAGAAAAAGCUUGGUGAUGACAUGUUGGAUGCCAUGCCUGAUGUCACUGCUGACACGUCGUUUGAUCAAGGCAUCAUGUUGCCCUUCAGGAGAGACCCAGUGCCCUCUGUGAGUCUGGAAAUGCACGAGCAGACUAUGAACGGAUUAAGAGAGAUGGAAGACCUGAACUCCCACCACCUGCUGCAGGAGCACCUCUACAAAGGCAGGAAGCAGCACCGACACAGGUUUAGCCGCAACCAUCUCAGUAUCAACACCGACGAAGACGAAGUGCAGGAGAUCUUCCAGAGGACCAUGAGGAAACGUCUGGAGUCUUUCAAAUCUGCAAAGAUGGGCAUGGCCCUGCCCAAAACCAUUUCAAAACACACAAAGAAGGAGCAGCAGAAGACGCCGAAUGGAAAGAACAGAAUCUCUGUAGAUGAAGAUUACGAGUUCUCAGAGGCGGACAGUGCGUCUGGCUAUGACCCCUCCUUCACCUACAGGGCCGGAGGUGGGAUUGAGAACCCGGCCUUCAUGGCAGACUUGGAUCCUGUAGUGCCGCUGCAGAUCCCCCCCUGGCUGGCAGAGGCAGAGCUGGACAGUGGCGGCGUGGCUCCAUCGCAACGGGCCCAGACGAGGCCCCCACUAACAGCAGGUGACCUGCGGCGCCUGGCCCCCCUCCGCAUCAGCACCCAGUCGACUGACUCCUUCAUGAUGGCAGACAUCCCUGACGCUGAGCAGCGCCGGGACAGCUUUGACCUGCCUCCACCCCCUCCUCCUCCCCCUAAAGAUGGAUAUCAUCAGUAGCUGGACACAUAAACUAUACCCCCCCCCCCCCCCCCCCCCCCCCCGGUUUUGUAACCAAGAAUUAUCUGUAUGUCUGUAAUUGCUGUUGAGUGUCCGAUUGCUCUGUAUUUAUUCAUGCCGCUUUGCUGCUUUUGGAAAUAAAGGAGGAGUUUUGACCUCU